AUGAUCAUUGGGUCCUUUAACAUUAGAGGGGGAUGCAGCUUGGUUAAGCGAAGAAGAAUCAAUCAAAUUAUUAGUAAAGGAAAGGCGGAUGUGUUUUUGAUGCAGGAAACUAAGAUGAAAUCGUGUUCUGACUCCACUGCGAAGAGCUUCUGGCGGAAAGCUGAUGUCGAUUAUUUGGUGUCCGACUCAGAAGGUAUGUCUGGAGGCUUGAUUAUUCUUUGGAAUUCUGCUAAACUGGAGGUUAUUUGUAGUUUUAGGGGAACAGGUUUCCUGGGAAUUAAGGUGUUGUGGCAGGAUAGUUUUAUAUACAUUUGUAAUGUUUAUUCUUCGUGCGAGCUUCCUUUGAAGAGAGAGCUUUGGAGGAAUCUUCCUGAUCCGAAGGACAAACACAGAGAUGGAGAUUGGAUUAUUGGCGGUGAUUUCAACGCCGUGAAAAACAGAGGGGAAAGGAAGGGUUUGACUGAAGGAGGAGGUAGGGUAGAAUGGGAGGAAUUUUCCAGCUUUAUAAACGAUUUAGGUUUGGAGGAUGUUCCAUGUAAAGGCAAAAAAUUCAGCUGGUUCAGCGGUGAUGGUAAGUCAAAGAGUCGGUUAGAUCGUUUCUUAAUGUCUAGUAAAAUCAUCAACUUGUGGGGAGUCGUUGGUCAAGAAAUUGGAGAGAGAGACAUAUCGGAUCAUUGUCCUAUAUGGAUUGUGGCGGACAAGUCGGAUUGGGGCCCAAAACCUUUCAAGUUCAAUAACGAGUGGUUCCAACACAAGGAUUUCAUAGGUUAUGUUGAGAGGGAAUGGAAGGCUAUGGAAGUGUAUGGUCGUGGUGAUUUUGUGUUGAAGGAGAAAUUGAGUCGCCUUAAAAACAAAUUACGAUGGUGGAAUAUCAACGUUUUCGGGAAGAUUGAUCUAAAUUUGGAGGAGGGGGUCAAGGAGAUAAAUGAUCUAGAUAAUCAAUGUUUAAAUGAGGAGGUUGAUCCGGAGGAUAGAAGGAGGGCAAAUAGGAAGUUUUGGACAAAUCUCAAAAUUAGAGAGAACAUGUUAAUAUAA